UUUUAUCUUGUACAUAUUGAUGUAUAUUUUUAUAUAUAUUAUGAUUUGGGUUGUAAUAUAUCAUGAACUAUGGCUGAGAUUAUUUUUUUAGAUAAAUUUUUGGUUUUGAAUCUUAAUUUUCAUUUUUUCAGGUUUUAUUAAUUUCUUUCUUUUCCCACCACCAUAAAUCUUGAGAUGUUAUUUUUUUUUGCUCAACACACAUAUGUAUGGCCUAUAUUAUUUAUAUAUUACUAAAUCUAAACUUCAUUGAUUUUGCAAAAUGCAAAAAUAACUCCUUUGUUGUUGUGGCUGUAGUGUUUUAUAUUGCUACCCAUAUGUUUAAUCCACAAGUCCUUCCCCAUCCCUAAAAAAAAACUUUCAAGAUUAUAUUUGUUUUUAUAUUAAGAUAAAACCUUUCCCUGUCCUACCCCCUCUAACAUCCUUCCACUUUUGAACUGCAAUAACCUCUUCUUUAGGGAAUCCGGGGAGGUUUCACUACCUGAACCAGGGGCUUCAAGGAGAGGCCUUGGCGGCGUCCAAACCUCGCAAGGGUGUGGUUCAGUGAGCGAUGCGUGUGUUGUGAGAUAGAUCGCUUGGUGCUAGGAUCUUACGGCUUGAGCUUGAUUGAAUGUUUCCCUCCCUCAUUUCCGCCCCUCUCUCCUCCCCCUUUUUUUUCUUUUUUUUUCUUUUUCGCAGCAUGUUUUGAGAUUUUGGCAGUUUGUGGUGCCCUUUCCCAAUCUUGCUUUUUGUUUUUUGAUUUUGUUUUCUCUCUUUCUUUCUUUGUUUUAUGUUAUGUCCUCUCUAUUUCUCUUUCUUACUCUCUCCAAUAUUUGAAGAGUUAGUGUGGAAGGUGUACCUGGUAAAGGCACUCGCUUUAUUCAUUUGUUUAGCAUUAUGUUUUCUAUAUUUACAGUUUUUCUUUUGUAACACUAUUUUGCAUAUCAGACUCAACACCUUUGGCCAGUUGUGCAUCACAACUCCAUUAUGAAUUCCCAUUUGCCAACUGGCCUCUUCACUGGGGAUUUUCUUAACUUAGUCUGAUGUGCCUCAUCCCAGUCUUUGUAGAAGACAUUUAUACGAUAUUUUAUUUUUUGAGUUUAUUUUAAUGGCAUUUUUUCAAUGUAUAUCUGGUGAGGGUGGGUUUCAAAUUCUUCAAAAGUGAGUGUAGAAAAUGGGCAAGAAUUAUUAUCUGCAGUCUGCUUGGCAGAAUGAGCAAGGUGCAGCAUAUUCUUUUUUUAUUAGUAGGGGAAAUUAUUUAGAAGGGAUAUGGUUAUUAUAUACUAUCUUGAAGUACUAUACUUCUGUAUAUAUUCAUAUUAACUUCAUGAAAGCAUAGGAUACUUAUAGUUUCAUAGAAACUUAGAAAAAUAUAAUGCAGUAUCUGUAUUGCAGAAUAAGGCAGACUAAGUUAAGUAAGCUAUAUCUGGGUACUGGUAGAUACAGUAAUGUAAUUCCAUGAAAUAAAGCCAUUUUAUGAUUUCAUUGAAGGUAAAUGCUUUGGCUUUUUUCUCUCUCUUUUUUCUUUCAAAUAUUUCUACCUUGAUGGUUGCUUUGAAACUCUUCGGUAUUACAAUGACAUUGGUAACAUCUUAUGCUUGGUGAAAGGAGAAAGGAGUAUGAGACUGUUGAAUUAUGUGUUUGCUUUUGACCAGAAAAUGAAUUGUGCUUGUUUGCAAGUUUGAAUUUUAUUGGAGUCUAGGUAUUUGUGAUUUUUAAGACUGAUUAAUUUUAAUAUAUUGGUAAUUAUGUAUAUAGAUGUCAAUAAAUUGCUAAAAUACAUCUUUAAUUAUUGACUGAAAGUUGCAAAAUACUUUCAGAGUAAUUGUGUAUUUGAAGAAACAGUUAUUAAGUACUAAGGUAAGUGAAUCUGAUUUGUGGAAAACUCAAGAUACUGCAGUGUCUAAUAUCACUAGUGUAUUUCAGGUCACCAAGACAACUUCCACUACCUCAAGCAAGGCUGCAGCCCGCACAUCGAUGGGGUGGAUGAUGCCGAGGACUUUAUUGAGACAUGUAAGGCAUUCAGCCUUCUGGGCAUCAACGAUGGGAUGCAGGAACAGAUCUUCAGAAUAUUGGCUGGUAUUCUGCAUCUGGGGAACGUGGUGCUGGAAGAGGGCAACGGAGAUUCGUCAGCCAUCAGUCCAAGAGACAAGUCGCUCCAAACUGUUUCGGAAUUGCUAGGCAUUGACUUGGAGGACAUCCGGAAAUGGCUCUGCAACAGGAAAAUUGUUAGUGGGAGAGAAGUCUUCACCAAGCCAAUGAUAUUGACUGAGGCUGUUUUCUCAAGAGAUGCAUUAUCAAAGCACAUUUAUGCCAAGUUGUUUGACUGGAUAGUCACUCAGAUCAACAAGUGUUUUGCAGCUAAAGCUAAACCAUAUAGAUUUAUUGGAGUGCUUGAUAUCUAUGGUUUUGAAACAUUUGAGAUUAACAGCUUUGAGCAGUUUUGCAUCAACUAUGCCAAUGAAAAACUUCAGCAACAGUUCAAUCAGCACGUGUUCAAGCUCGAGCAAGAGGAGUACGUGAAGGAGCAGAUUGAGUGGGAGUUCAUCAACUUUUAUGACAAUCAGCCGUGCAUUGACCUCAUCGAGAGCAAGCUAGGCAUCCUGGACUUGCUGGACGAAGAGUGCAGAAUGCCCAGGGGUUCGGACCAAUCCUGGGUAGAGAAGCUCUAUGACAAGUGCAAGAAGUGGGAGCACUUCAGCAAGCCUAGGUUGUCGAACACUUCGUUCCUCAUUGCUCACUUCGCAGACAAAGUUGGCUACGAGUGUGCAGGAUUCCUGGAGAAGAACAGAGAUACUGUCUCUGAGGAACAGAUCAAUAUUCUCAAGUCUAGUCAGAUUGCUUUAGUUCAUUCUCUGUUCACGGAGAAGGAAAAAGGAGCCCCUCCUACCAAAGUGAAGGUCCUGCCCACUGGGUCAAAGUCCAAACAAAUGAGGAAAACUGUUGGGUCUCAGUUCCGUGAUUCCCUGAACCUGUUGAUGAUGACGCUUAACUCAACGACGCCACACUAUGUGCGGUGCAUUAAACCUAACGAUGAUAAGAUGGCUUUCACAUUUGACCCAACACGAGCCAUCCAGCAGCUAAGGGCUUGUGGUGUCCUUGAAACAGUGAGAAUUAGUGCUGCAGGUUAUCCCUCACGAUGGACUUAUCAUGAAUUCUUCUGUCGGUAUCGUGUCCUAUGUAAUUCCAAAGACAUUAAGAGGAAUGAUAUGCGUCUAACCUGUGAAAAGAUCAUUAGCAACAUGAUCAAUGAUGAAGACAAGUUCAAAUUUGGCCGCACGAAGAUCUUCUUCCGGGCAGGCCAGGUGGCCUACAUGGAGAAGCUUCGUGCAGACCGUCUGUCAGCAUGUGGCGUCAUGAUCCAGAAGCACGUUCGGAUGUUCCUCCACCGCAACCGCUACAGGACCAUGCGCAGGGCAGCCCUCACCAUCCAGAAAUACACCAGAGGGCUCAAGGCACGAAGACAUGUGCAUCACAUCCGAAGAACUGCAGCAGCUAUCAAGAUUCAGGCAGCUAUUCGAGGAUGGGUUAAGCGGGUACAGUACAAGAGGCUGGUUUACACAGUCACUCAGCUGCAGGCACAUGCGAGAGGUGCUAGGGCUAGGGAGAGAUACCAGCAUAUGCGCAGAGUCAAAGCUGCUAUUGUUAUACAGAAGAAUGUGCGAAAGUGGCAGGCUGUCUACCACUACAAAAUGGCCAUGGGAGGCAUCAUCAUCUUGCAGGGUAUGGUCCGUUGCUUCCUUGCCAGGAAACAACUGAAGAAGCUGAAGAUCGAAGCCAGAUCGGUGGAGCACCAGAGGAAGCUCAACAAGGGUCUCGAAAACAAAAUUAUCUCUCUGCAGCAAAAGCUCACAGAGGCUAAACUGGAAGUGGGCAACGUCAAGACAUACAAAGAGGAGAUUGUUACCCUUAAGGAGCAGCUGUCAGAGAUGAAGGGAGUGGAGACACAGCUAAAGAACUCCAGUAACCGUGUCAGCGAACUUGAGGCGAUGGUAGCUAAGUUGACGCAAGAGGUUGAGGCGGAGAGAGGUGAGAAGAUGGACGUGCUUUCUGAGAAGGAGAGAGCGGAGAAGGAGAACCGUGAAUUAGUCGAAAAGCUCAAUGCGGAAAAUGCCAAGCUUACCGAGGAACUGAUGACUGCCAAGAAGCAAGAGGCCAAGAAAGAAGGGGAAGAGCUGCUGAAACGCAAGUAUGAGGCUGAGAAGCAACAAAUGAUAAUGGAGUACUCUGAAGAGAAGUCCUCCUACCAGCGACUGUUGAAGGAGUUCAACCGUCUGGAGCAGAAGAACGAACAGAUGGAGGAACAGAUGGCAAAAAUGAUGGGUGGCAACUCGCACAAGAGAACAGCCAGUAAUGUGAGCAACCUAAGUGGGGCAAGUGAUGCGCCAACAGAAUUGGUGCGUGAUGACGCAUCAGAAUUCAACUCAAUCAUAGUCGAUGAUGAUGUGGGAUAUGGCUCAGUCCGCAGUCGAGCAAGCGAAGCAUCUGACAACAGCAGAAACCUUGAGUCGAUUGAUUGGGGUUCACCUCAGAAGGGUGACACUUCAGAAAUUAGGAUUCCUGUGCCAGAAAAGGUGGAGGACAUCACCCUGGUUCUACAACUGCAAAACAAAGUGCGUGAGUUAGAAAAGGAGCGGCGGACAAUGGCUAAGCGCAUAGACCAGCUAGAAAGUUCGUCCUCACCCCUGGACGACUCGCAGCAUGCACAGGAGUUGAUACGGCUUCAGGAGUUGGAGAUGGAGAACGCCAAGCUGAAGGACGACCUGAAUCGCCUCCGUAAAUCCAUUGCCGAUUCGGAGCCUCAGAACAACCGCAUCCAGGAGUUCAUGAAGCAAUUUGAGGCUCUGCAAGAUGAGCUGGAGAGGCGUCGCGAAGAGUGCAUCCAGCUGAGGACGGUGCUGGCCAACCGAGCCCAUGACUUGCGCUCCCUCACCCAGUCCUCCUACGGGAAGGAUGUGGACAUAGUGAAUGAGGACGGAGAGCUGGCCAUUGCGUACCAGACCCAGAAACAAGUCAACAGACAACUGGAGGAUGAGCUCAAGAGCGAGAAACAGCGUUACCGGGAGGCUGAGACAGAGUACAAGUCAGAGCUGGACAGGCUGCGCAGGGACAAUGACCGUCAGCAGAAACUCCUGGCUCAGAACCUCACCAAGGGAGGUGGAUCCCAACCCGAGACUCUCCUACAGUCGGAGAUCAUGAGGCUCACUUCGGAGAACUUGAAUCUCCAGGGACAAGUGGACAACCUCACGGAGCAGCUCAAGAAGUACAAGAGGUCCCUGAAGGCGUACGCAAAGAAGAUCAAGGAGUCGGGCGGCGGCGACCCCCCCGACCUGCUGGACGUGGCGGCGCCGGCGGAGGGCGAGGCCAUGCCCGUCAUCCGCAAGAAGGAGCGCGACUACAUGGGCAUGUUCGAGUACGACCGCCGGGACGAGAUGCAGAUCAUCCGGGUCUUGAUCUACGAGCUGAAGCCGCGCGUGGCGGUGACCUUCCUGCCCGGCCUGCCCGCCUACAUCCUGUUCAUGUGCAUCCGCCACACCGACCACAUCAACGACGACGAGAAGGUGCGCUCGCUGCUCAACAACAUCGUGAACGGCGUGAAGCGCGUGAUCAAGAAGCGCCACGAGGACCUCGACUCCACCGUGCUGUGGCUAUCCAACACGCUGCGCCUGCUGCACAACCUCAAGCAGUACUCGGGCGACAAGGCGUUCCAGGCCGAGAACACCGUCAAGCAGAACGAGCAGUCGCUCAAGAACUUCGACCUGUCCGAGUACAGGCAGGUGCUCUCCGACAUCGCCGUCUGGAUUUACAACGGUGUCAUAAAAUUGAUGGAGGAAAAGGUCCAGCCGCUGAUCGUGCCAUCGAUACUCGAACACGAAGCCAUCGCGGGUCUCUCGGGCAACAAGCCGGGCGGGAUGAGAGGCCGUGCAGGCAGCGUGGCCCGCGAGCUGGAGUCACCCGUGGAGCCCCAGAAGGCCCUCGAUCUGCUCCUGAAGGAGAUGACGCAGUUCUACCGCACGCUCGCGAUGUUCGGCACCGACCCCGAGCUCAUCACGCAGGUGUUCAGACAGAUCUUCUACUUCAUCUGCGCGGGGUCCCUGAACAACCUGCUGCUGCGCAAGGACAUGUGCCACUGGUCCAAGGGCAUGCAGAUCCGCUACAACCUGAGCCACCUGGAGCAGUGGACGCGCGACAUGCGGCUGCACGAGGCGGGCGUCACGGACACGCUGGCCCCCAUCAUCCAGGCGGCGCAGCUCCUGCAGGCGCGCAAGACGGACGACGACGUCAACUCCAUCUGCGACAUGUGCGACAAGCUGUCCGUCUCGCAGAUCAUCAAGAUUUUGAACCUUUACACGCCGGCGGAUGAAUUUGAAGAGCGAGUCCCCAUCUCCUUCAUCCACAAGAUCCAGAAUAAGUUGCAGGAACGAGCGGAGGGAGAACAAGCGCAGGCAACACUAUUGAUGAACACCAAAUUUGCCUUCCCUGUCCGGUUCCCAUUCAACCCAUCCAGUAUUCACUUGGAAGAUAUUGAGCUUCCGGAGUCUCUCAACCUCAUUAUGUUGAAGAAGGUCUAAGAGACCCCCAGUCACCAACUCCACACACAUGAGAAUGAAACGACCUCAUGGAAAAAUAAAGGCUUUUACUAUGUCCUUUCAAAGUCAGUCCAGCAUAGUUGAUUGAGAUGCUGAGGUUGUAGGUAGAGGAGACAAAACGAAGGGUUUCCCAGUGAGUGUGUGAAGUCAGUGGGAUGGAGUCUGGCCCUGUUGCAUGUUCUGUUUCGAUGGCUGAGACUGCUUAAAGGCAAGGACGGCCUUUUUUCCAGAUCUGUGCUGAGUCAGGGCCACCAAGGACUGGAUUUUGAAACUUGUUAAGAGUUUCAGGGAUAGUUUCCAAAUUUUAAAAACCAGAUUGUAGCUCAAUAGCAUUUACUUGCAGUACUUAAACCUGAUGGCUCUCAGAAUGGUUACAUUUGUACUGUGCUUGUAUUGGUACAUGUAAUGUAAUGAAGAAAAAGGAAAGAAAGAAGAGAAUUCGUUCUGGCUACAACACCCUUGCUUAUAAUCAGUUUGACUUUUGGUUGAGACAUAUCUGGCAGUAUGGAUGGUUGUAUGGGGUGGGCUUUCCAGAUGCUUGACAUUUGUUUGUAUUAUAUAGAUUUCUCUUUCUCUGUGUCCAGAAACAGGAUUAACUCGCCCCAUCAAAAGAAAAUAUUGGUAUUAAACACCCCAAAAUAGAUCCUACUGCAGCCUUAGAAUAAAAAAUAAAAAAAGUAUUUUUGUUCAUACAUGUAAUUUUCAAACCGGUAAAAAUCUCCUCACAAGAAUUGCAUGGACAACCCACUUUGGGUGACUCGAGGAAAGAUUAAAAUGAAAUACUAUAUGAUAUAUACAUUCCAUGAGCAUAUUCCAGUGAUAAAUAGCAUUCCUGUAUUUAGGACCAGUCACAGUACCUAAGACAGCACCAUUGUAUAUUUACUUUGUGCAGCACGAAGCAGCAAAGAGCAGUUACUGUGUGUAUAACUGUUUUAACUUUGGUUCUAGUGUGUUGUAAACAGUUGAUGCUGUAGCACUCUAAACACAUUCCAUGACCUCUAGUUGAACAUUACUGUAGUGUAAUAUAUGGUUAAUAGUGUUAUUUAUUUAUUGUAUAGAUGUUCAGAGUUUAACAUAUGGCAUAGUUCAUAUAUUGUAAGAUUCCAUAGACUAUCCUGAUAUCAGAAGGAGAGAAGAAUGAUAGAGGAAUUGGUUUAUGGUGUAAUUAUUGAUAUUUAUUUUAUAACAAUUAGGGGUGUUAUCAUCAUCAUCAUUAUUAUUAUUAUUAUUAUUAUUAUUAUUAUUAUUAUUAUUAUUAUUAUUAUUAUUAUUAUUAUUAUUAUUACUGAUCAUCAUUAAUACUAUUACAGUUAUUGUUAUGAUUAUCCUUGUUAUAUUUUUGAUUCUCAUCAUCAUUGAUACUUCAGCCAAUAACUUUGAUUAACAAGACUAAUAUGUUUAUUUUUGUACAGUUUUAUUUUCUUGUAAUUAAUUAAAUUACAGCACAUUCCAAAGGGAUCUGUUUGUCAUAAUUCCAAUGGCUAAUAAAAAGAUGUAAUUUUCUGCAUCUCAUUUAGUUCAAAAUUUGCAUUGCUUGUCAUACAAAGUUUUUGUUGCAUACCUCAAAUAUUUUUUACAGUAAGUGCAUAGGAAAAUGAUAAACUUAUUUCUGUAAACAUAUAAUCAACUUUGGGCAAAAAUUCCAGUGAAGCCCCAUCCAAAAUCCCAAGUCCUCAAGUUUUGCAUGCUUUGUGUAUAUAUCAUACAUUUUCUGGAAGGGUGAUUAUUCUAGCAUUUAGGGUACCCCACGAGGGUUGUUAUUUGGUUUCAAAGAGGGUUAGAUUCUAACUUCGGCUUUCAAAUGCUGUCAAUUUGCCAGGCUGUGGUAGGUAGUAGCGGAAGUAGUUUGGCAGAUUUUGACCCCGGGUUAGGAAGCCGUCUGCGAAAUGAGAACAGCUUUAGUAUUUGGGUACAAUCACCCUGUACUGUAUCAUAUGCACGAUUAGCAUCAUCACAUGCUUGUAUACUGGUUCAGGUGUACAGUGUGACCAUAGUUACUCUAUAUUAACUUGUGUGGUGCAGAAGCUAUUAUGUAGCUUUACUUUCAUGGUUCUGUAUAGCAGACACUGGCUGCUAUUAUCAUUAUUAUUAUUAUUUAUGCUACAAUUGUUUUUUGAUAAUUAUGAAUUAUGAUUUAUUAUUAUGAUUACCAAUAGUUUUUGAGGCCUUUUUUAUACCAUUUUUUUAUGUUUGCUUGUUAGCCCAGAUAAAUAAAAAUAUUUCUUGAUCAGUGCCAGGUACUCCUUGGUGGGGAUGCUAAAGGCCUCAGUGACUUAAUUUUGAGUAGUGACAUUAAGUUAUUGAGAUAUUUAUUUGUGGUUUCUGACACUGCAAAGUAGGUGCCACUUUAAAGGGUUUUUUAUUGUGUGGAAAGAUAUGCCAGUUACUUAAUGCACAGCAGGACAGGUAAUUGAGGUGCCACAUAGAUUGUUUGUGAAGAAGAGAUAACUUUGUAAUGAAAAUUGUGAUCAUGGCCGACAUAUUUAUUAAAUUUAAAGUCACUGGUUUGAAUUGAAGAUCGUCUGUUUUGUAUUUUAAUCCUCUUUUUCUUUUAUAUGCAUAAUGUAAACAAGAUGGUAUAAAUCAUUAUGUCACAGAAUGCUUGGUUGUUGUUUUUUUUUCCCUUUUUUUUUUGUAGUGCAUACAAGUAUACUAUGAUAUUUUUGUUCUGUAAGCUUCCUUUUUAAUGUAUUUUGUAUGAUAAAAACGUAGAAAGGCAAAAGGCUGUUUUCAGUGUGUUUUUAUUUCUGCUGAAUGAUUUUCAUUGUAUAUAGGUAAGAUCUGAUUUUCACCAGUGUUAACUUUAUUGUGUGUUGCCUUGUGAUUAAGAAAAGAAUGUUGAUUCAAAGUAAAUAAAUGCAGACAUGUUA